AUGACCCAUCUGACGACACGGGGUCAGGAUUCCCUCGGCCCAGUCCCAAUCGACCUUCCAACCGACCUUCCAUCGCUGGCUCUUUCUCUCCACUGCUUCCAAUUCCAGUCCCGGGCAAUCCCGGCCCCAGCCCAAGCGCACACCCCUCUUAGCCGCCACCCGCGCACCAAGGCCAAGCUUACGCCCCAGGAGAAGGAGAAAGUGAGCGAGGUCCGACGUCGGCGUGCCUGUCUGAGGUGUCGAGUCUUGAAAAUCCAGUGCUCCAGCGGAAAUCCCUGUCAGCCCUGUCUACGAUCUGCUGUCAAGGGAGUCGAGAGGAAGGUUCUCUCAUUCUGCUACUGCGUGCGAACGCGUUUUUCCGACGUCAACAUCUUCCUUGGUCCCACUCAGGCCGGGGCCGCAGUCAGCAUGCAGCUCGAGACGGUUCUGUCGAGGAUGAGCGGCCUGCUCGCCAGGAUCGCCACGCCUGCCCAAUUCACCUUCAACUCUAGCCCGGAAAACUUCAACGAGACGCUGGUUUCAUGGCUCAUGGAUCCGGCUUUCAACCUGCCCGACGGCAGCAUCGUCGGCCUGUGUUGCUCCAGUCUGCUCUCGCUGCAGUUCCGGGACGAGGCCGGUGGCGGAGACGGCUUCAUCACAGAGUUCCGCCGUUUCCUACUCGCCACGUCACUGGUGCACAGCGGUUGGCACGGCGACAGGAACAUCCGGCAGCGAGACCUCUGUGCCGUAAGCCACAUGUCGGGCCACCGCCUGAUGAAGCAGCUUGACCGCGUCUUGACUCCGCAGUUCCUCGCCAAGUGCGGCCGCGAGUCGUGCCAGGUUCUGUUUCUGAUGGUGUUGGGCGUCGUGCUGGCCGUGGGCUAUUCGUCUGCUCACACGACCGACUCGCCGACAUUUCCACCCCAGAUGCUCAGCGUCGAGUUCCAGCAGAGCCCCACGCUCUGGCUGGUCAUGAAGGAACACCUGUGCCAGAUGCUCGCCCACCACCUGAUUUUUCUCGGAUCUCUGCUGGGUAUCAGGCUCGAAACGGGUCUUGAGCAGCGAAUCAUCGACACGGCCGCCAGAAGGUGGAACAAAAUGGAGGCGUAUGCAUGGGCCGAUGCGACAGGACUUUCACAGAACCAAGAGCUUGGCUAUGCGUCUAGUUCAGCUUCAUGCCCGAUCCGGUCUUCUGUAAGGCAUAGAGGACUAGAAAUGGCUCACGAAGGAGACGAAAACCCGCAGUAUUGGGAAGAACCGCCACCACCACCACCACCACCGGCUUCAGACCCUCAGCCACCGUUUAUACCAGUCCACCUGCCCGAAGCAGCUCAGUUCCAGCCGCAGUACAUGGACCAGUGGUCGGAAAAUCCGCAGUCAUAUCUCUCCAUGACCGACGAACCCGAGAGCUACUAUACCGAACCGUCCGUCCCGGAGGAGCCGGGCCAAGGGAUGUCAACGCCGUUGCCAAAAGCUUAUACGGAACCGAGUCUCUGGCAGAAUGGGCCCGCCUUCCCGCGAGAGGUAAAGAGACGAUCCAUGUGGGUCGUCCAGACAGUCGACGCCGGCCCUGAGCGCGGACACAUCAAUGUGCGAGCUCGGUUACGAGGAAGCGGCCAGUCCGGCGGCUUCAGAUCUUUCGUUUGA